AUGGGAUCAGAAUCUGAUGAAGAAAUAUCCAAUGCUGUGAGAGAAGUAGAAGAGGCCGCAAAGGCACCGCAAAAGAAAGCUAAGUCUACUGCAAGAAAAACCGCAGAUAAGUCGCAAACUGAAAGUAAAAGAGACAAGCUUAUAGAACUAUCCAGAGAUGGUGUAAUAGAAAAGUCCGCAAGUUUUAUAAGAAAGUCCAACAAGGAUGUUGUGGAUAGACUAUACCACGAGUAUGAAAGUCAAAGGAUGUCAUGUGCAAGUGACUUCUUAUCAACACUUAUAAUUUCAAAGUUUGCUUCUAUACUAGGAAGUUUCGGUGCAGUGGAAUCUUCAGAGAAACUGUCAGAGGAACUACUUAGUGAUAAGCUUCUAAAGGAUGACGUAUCAUAUCUAACAAGAACGAUUUCCCCAAACAUUCCAUUCAUAGGUUUAAUAUCAGGUGGUUGCACAACCGCAAAGCACAUCGUUGCUCAUAAGUGGAAUAAGAAGGAGGAGGUAUCCGAGGAAGCUAAACAUAUCCUAUUACAUAGCGAAGAGGAAGAAGAAUGCCACAACUCGGAGAGCCCUACGACGACUGGGGAAACGCCUGGGAUGGAACAGAAUUCGAAGCCAUAA